UUUUGUCUGUAUAUAGAUCCAUAGCCAGUCUGAGUCAUUUGUGAUCAUAUAACAACAAAUUGUAUAGUUACAACUCCCUCUCUCUCUCUCUCACUCAGUGUGUUGGAAAGUAGGGUAAAGACGUCUUGUCCAAUUAGAUAAGAACUAAGUGUUGGGAUUUUCAAUCUCAUGCCUUUUGCCCAACCAAACGCUGGAUAAAAUCCUCAUCUGGUAUAAUUAGUCCACUUCCUCGCCUAAUCCCCCAAUCCAAACACCGCUUUUGAUCUGCAAUGGCUUACUACAGCUCCAAUUUCUACAAGGGAGACGCAGGUGAGUACCACAGUAACCCCCCUUAUUGUACAACUAGUUAUGAUAUUGUUCCAUUUCAAAAUUCAAUCUCUUACUCCAACUACGAGUUUAGUGAACCCAGACUCUCUGAAUACAAUUUGAGUGCUUAUUAUGUUGGUGCUUAUGAUCCUUUUCCAAUUCCAUCCGAAAUUAAUUACUCCACCUACAAUCCAAUUCCUUAUAAUACCAAUUACUUCUCUUCCAAUACACAAUACACGAUCUCUUAUUCUACAUCCACUGCGCUUGAUGACAUUGAAUUCGAAGAGUAUGAUCCCACGCCUUAUGGUGGUGGAUAUGAUCCUACUCUGACAUACGGCAAACCCCUUCCUCCCUCCGAUGAAAUCUGCCAUCCUCGUUCCUUACCGGAGCCUAACGGCGUGUCCUCAGAUAAUUUCUCUUACGCUUCUAUUCCUUCGCCUUAUGGGAACGGCGAUAUCGACGAGCAAUCUGCCCAACCUCCUAAAAAAACCAAACCAACCGAAGAACAGCCACAGCCUAAUGGUGGCACCGGAGAUAACGGUCAUGACACGGGUCAUCCUGAGAAGCUUCCAGAUUCUAGCCUUGGUGAGUGCUACCCUUGGUCUGGUUAUGGUUAUGGGGUUACAAAUGAAGACUAUGUGCCUCAAGCUCCAUGUGGGUAUGGCUUAGAUGGAAUGGACAUGUGUGAAAGUAUAUUUGGGUACUGGCCUUGUUUGGAUAGGAUUAAUAGAAAGAACUGUGGGCAUCAAGGAAUUGAGGUUGGGCAAGAGAAUCAGUGGGAGGGUGCUGUGGAAUAUCUUUUUGGAAGUCCAUAUAGACAUGGUGGGGAUGAAGAUGGUGAUUAUGGGGUACCCAUAUGUAAUUAUGGAAGGCAUCAUCAGGAACAACAACAUUAUAGACAAGUGGUGGAGGGUGAUGAGAACUCAUUGUUUCAGAAUUUCAGGUUGUUUUGAAGAUUUGUUAUAAUUAUUGUUGGCAUGCUUGAAUUAUUUCUCUACGGGUGGACAAGUUUGUGUACAUGUUGAAGACUAGCCAAUGGGUUACUUGAACUUUGGCAAAGCCAUUUCAGACAUUGUUAAUAUCUUCUGAUCAAGUGAGUGAUGUUUGCAUUAGUUUUUAUUAUUA